CUAUCACCUUAUGAAAAAACCUAUUGCAUUUGCCUUCUAUAUUGUGUAUAAGACGGUCAAAUAGUUGUUUUUAAAUUAAUAUAUUUGAUACAUAUAUUUCCCUUCGGCUGUGUAGAAAAGCUGUGCGAUGUUUGGCAAAGCAGUUGUUUUGUUGAGUAUUUGGUGUGCGGGUGUCCUUGCGGUCAAGUCGAAUUGGACUAAACCGUCGGCAGUCAUAGAGUGUGAAGAACGUGCUAAGGACGAGCCUUAUUUUAGCGAGAACAAGGCCGAAGAGGCCUGCAUGCGGACGUACUUUGUUGAUCGACUCAAAACCAACGUCAUGGAUCAAAACGACAAAAAAAUGUCGGAACAUUCAACGUUCGGCAAGAAACCGCCUCCGAGCGGUUACCGAGUGCGACGCGAUAUACGGGUUCUCAACGUGACGGAGCGACAUAAGCUGUUCGAUGCUUUCGACGCUCUUUACAAGAAUGGCGUAAUGGCAAGUUUCGGUCGACUCCAUGGCACCGACGUACACCGGAAGCACCACGGGGCCGCCUUCCUCCCUUGGCACCGUGUGUUUAUAGCGGCAUUUGAGGAGAAGCUCAGAGAGGUCGACCCCGAUGUUUCGCUUCCCUACUGGGACUAUUCGAUGGACUACUACAUUCCACUACCGUCUGAGUCAAUCGUCUGGAGCAAGUGCUUCUUCGGCAACGGUAACGGCAUCGUCUUCGAUGGUCCCUUCCAUUCCAUGUACGGCGGCUAUAACACACCGGUGAGCCGUGAUAUCGCAGCUUCAGAGUGUCCCCAUAAACUGAUCAGUAAGGAGGACAUUGACAAACUCAUGACGUUUUGCAAUUUUGCGGAUAUAACGAUAGGAAAGAAUAUGUACCAACAAAAUGCGUCGAGCAACCUUGAAAAACUACACGAUGAGGUACACGACUGGGUGGGCGGUGAUAUGGGCUAUCUGGGAUCGGCGGCGUACGACCCUAUAUUCUACAUGCACCACGCCUUCAUCGACUACAUCUGGGAGCAGUUCAGGCGCCGACAGUCCUCCAAUGAGUGCCAGAUGGACGUCGAGGAAGACUACCGGGAACUGGGCGACUACUCGGUCGACCCCAAUGGACAACAAGGCCCAAAUGACACAAUGCAAGGAUUUGAGCAUCUUAAAAACAGCGACGGGCUCUGGAAAAACUGGACCACCGGAGUGUACAGCUACGAAGAGGCACCGGAGUGUCCAAACUGCGGUAAUUCGGAGUACCUCUACUGCAACAAGAGUAUCAAUCCGAACCGACCGAAUGGCGUCUGCGUGCCAAAAACGCGUGACUCAUGCGCCAACUCGACGAUUUGGGCAUAUGAUAGGGACGCACCGUAUGUUAAGCCGCCAAAUCACGGCGCAAAAUUGGUGAUGGGCCCUACACAUUUUGGGCUUCACGGGUACGGUCGAACGAGGUUCAUGUCGCAGCAAGAGGGGCUCGUACUUCUUAAACAAGAGAUUGCACUCGGUUUCCCGGAGACCCCUCGCAAUGUUCAUAUCUACAACGUCACAGAUCAAAGCGUCACGGUCCAAUGGACGUCAGGUUUCGACAUGGGCUCUCAGCAACACUUCAUUGUCAUGAGACUUUACAAUGACAGUACAUAUUAUUCGCUUGCCAGCAAUAUAUUCGACAACUCGUCAUCGCAUGGAGUCAACCAGACUUGGAUCCACGUGGUUAACGGACUCAAAGAGAACACGUUCUAUAACAUAUCUGUAGUCGCGGAAAAUGAACGAGGAUUCAUGGGAUUUUCUCAGCCGACAAUAACGUUUACAACACACGCUUCUCCCAAGAACGUUGACCCUUUGCAUCCCUGUUCACCGGUAGUUGUUGUAGUGGAGUCGGCCAUCAUAGGCCUUGGUAUUUGUGCGGCCUUGGUGUUCCUCCUUGUCAAAUGGCGACGAAUGCGUUGGUGUUGCUUAUCAAGUGGCGACGACGAACGCGUGCCUCUUACGUGAAAGCAUGAGAAGACCAACACUUACCGAUGAUAAUGCAGCUGAGCAACUUAAUUUUUCGAAUAAAAUGUUGUUUGUAUGAGUAAUGCACACACAUUUUGUAUUUAUAUUUUAAAUAAAUAACAUUCGACUU